UCGACCAUUCAAAAUUAACAUGAUAGAAUGGGGCGACAUUUACAAUGUCGUGGUGGCGAUCGCGCCGCUGUAUACGGCGCUGAUUUUAGGGUACGCCGCCGUACGGUGGUGGCGCGUCUUCGAUCCGCCGCAAUGCGAAGCCAUUAACAAAAUGGUCUGCUAUUUCACUUACCCUCUUUUCGUCCUCGAAUUCGCCGCCCACGUCGACCCUUUCAGAAUGAACUUCCUCUUCAUCGCCGCCGACGUCGCCUCCAAGGUCAUCAUCGCCGCCGUCCUCGCCUUAUGGGCCAAGUUCCGCGGCGGCGGCGGAGGGUGGUGCUGGUUCAUCACCGGAUUUUCUCUCUCUACGCUCACAAAUUCUCUCGUCGUCGGCGUCCCUCUCCUCAGGGCUAUGUACGGCGCCGCCGCCGUCGACCUGGUGGUGCAGUCGUCGGUCUUCCAGGCGUUGGUGUGGCUCACUAUUCUUCUGUUUGUCUUGGAGCUCCGGCGGACCAGCGGCGGCGGCGCCGCCGCCGCAGAAAAUGGUGGUGAUUAUGACGAUGACGAUGAGAAUGAUUCAACGGCAGAGGACGAAGAGGAUUGCCGGAGUAAAUCCGGUGGAGAAGAUGAUCCACAAAAAAAUCCGGCGGCAGCGACGGCGGCCGGCGUUAGGGUUUCGUUUUGGUACUUGAUGAAGGAGGUUUGUGUGAAAAUGGGGAAGAAUCCGAAUUCCUACGCCUGUUUGUUUGGGAUCCUUUGGGCAUUCUUGUCAAAUAGGUGGCAUUUUGGAAUGCCAAGUUUAAUGGAAGGAUCCAUUUUGAUCAUGUCCAGGGCUGCCACUGGAACUGCUAUGUUUAGCAUGGGGUUGUUCAUGGCAUUGCAAGAAAAAGUGAUAGCCUGUGGAGCAAGUCUCACAGUAGUUGGAUUAGCACUUAAAUUUAUUCUGGGCCCACUCGCCAUGGCCAUUGCUUCUCUAGCCGUUGGAUUGCACGGCGACGUCCUACGUGUCGCAAUCAUACAGGCAGCACUUCCACAGUCGAUCACCUCAUUUAUCUUCGCCAAAGAAUAUGGACUGCAUGCAGAUGUUCUCAGCACAGCGGUUAUCUUCGGCAUGUUCGUGUCCCUCCCUGUGCUAGUAGGUUAUUAUGCAAUUCUGGAAUUUGUUCACUAAUUGAUACUCCCUCCAUUGUGGAAUUAGUCCAUUUUCUUUUGGAUACACAACAUAAGAAAUAUUGUAUUAGAUAGUUAAUUAGUUUGAUUAAUGAAUGUAAUAAAGUAUUAUAUUAAAUAUUUUUUAUUUGAUAAAAU